AUGUCACGAUAUAAUAUGCAACAGACUUCCAUGAGAUCUGAUGAAUUAACGUGCAUUUCCUCUUUACCACCACGUCAAACAACGGGAGGAAUUAAAUACUUUCUACACAUUACAGUUGUCAAAAUAUCAUUAGUUGAUAGGCUAUUUGGUGAAGACAAUAAUACGCAACAUAAAAAUCUUUCAUUGCCAACAUUCAGGCCCAAUGUUCAAACUCAAUGGCCACCAAUUGGAGGGAAUGAGGAAGACGAUUCACCGAUAUUUUUACAACUUUCGCCAAUAUACUAUGUAGUAUUGCAUAAUGAUGAAAACAAUAAAUCCUUUGAACGAUUAUUGCAUAAAGUCCGACCUCAACAUUCAUAUUAUCUUCCACCACCAUCGGUCGCGUCAACAAACUCUAGGCAAUAUACCUCAACCAUAACUUACGCAGUUCGCACCUCAGCCACCAACCUAUUAUCAUACUUUAAAAACAUUGGUGGAGGGCUUUACCUAAACAUCACAUCUUCAAAUGUUAACUGUAACACCGCCUCUAAGUUCGAUCACGAAAGUACAAACGAAAAGAUUCUGGGAUACUCUAAAAUCAAAAACCUAACAACCUUGAUACUUAAUCAUCCUCGACCAUUCAUGAAGACGUAUCCAAUUUGGGCUAACGAUUCGUUUGCGAAUGCCAUCAACUUACACGGUAACCCUAAUUCUUUCGGAAGUGGUCGGAAUGUAAAAAUAGGAGAAAUCAAAGUGCAUAUUGAACUGGAGGAAUAUGCGAAUUCACGAAGUCACAUCGAUGCCACCAUCAUAAAUUAUGACGUUCGUUCUUCAUCUUCAAUGCCGGGUUCAAAAGCAACGAUAUCCACUGAAACAAACUUAUCCUUUGAUACUGUUCAACCAAAGAUACGGUCCAAAGUAAGUAGAAACGUUCCUGCGAUUCUGAAGAGAUCGAAAGCUAAUAAGUCAUUAGUAUCAAUGAAAAAGACGGGUGAUGAAAAUUCGAAUCCAGAGUUGAAUAAAAAAAAAUUCACCGACAAUUUCGAUAAUAACGGUGCCGUCAACAAGGAUAACAGUAAACCCAUUUGCAUCAGUAAUUUUCCUGAAAAUUCAAACAUUACGUCACGUGAUAACUCGCACUCGUGCCUCAAGCAGUUUGAUGAUAACACUGACGAAAAAAAUAGUAUGAAAGCCAUCUAUAACAAGAAUUCCACUGAGAAUUCAAGUAGCAAAUCAUGUGAAACACUUUUGUGCCGGGAAGAGUUAACAUCUGCAUUGAACAUAACCGUACCCAAAAAUCCAAUGUUGCGUGAUAUAAUGGAGCGUGCCCUACGAUUAUACAAAGGUCAGUGA